GAAGCUCUUGCUUUGGCGAAAAAACUAGCUAGUGACGCUGAAAAACCCCCAGAAAAAGCUGUCGAGUUUGUGAAAAAAGAAAUUGGUCCCCAUGAUCACGGAGAAGCUGAACCUGUAAAGGAGUACGAUCGAACUCCAGCAGAUACGGCUGGCCCCACGAAUGGUACACCUCGGAAUGGCGUCCGAUUUGGGAGAAAUGAAAUCAUCGAUCCAGAAACAAAUCAGCCCGUGGAGAGAUUCAACGGUUAUGAUGAUGAAUCUGGAGGUGACUACAAUCCUCCACAGAGGUAUACAGAAUUGCCAGAAAGGGACUAUUAUAAUGAACCUCAGCGAGUUAUGGACACGGACUAUAAACCUUUCCCUGACGAAAAUGAUUACAACUUUGAAAAUGAUGCACUGAACCAAAGACCCACAAAUGAUUCUGGUGGCAAUCAAGUUGGUUGGUAUCCCAGAAACGGAAGAUUUGAUAAAGGAGAUGAGAAGGACAAUAAUCGUUACUACGAACGUCAAGACAAUGACUACGGUUAUCGAGAAUGGCACAAGGAUGAAAACGACUUUAGACCACCCGACUUGAAGGUUCGCUGUUAUAAACAGGAAACACCAAGCAUUGAUGAAAAUAAACUGAAUCAACUCAUCGAUCUCAUAAAUGAAAUGCCAAAAUACCGUGACAAGACUAGGGAAGGCAAAGUUCAAAUGCAACCACAACGAGGUCGACCGAAGGAAUAUUCGAGUGGUCGAUGGGAGUCGUGUAAAGGAGACGACGGAGACAACCAAUCAAACAACAGUGUUCGCUUGAAUGGAAGCACUAGGAAGAAAUUUAAUUGGCCCAAGCUCCGCAAAUCAAAGGCUCAAGCUGACUACCAGCAGGAAAUCGAUCGAGAUAUGAACGAAAACUUGGAAGUCAGCAACCGCUGCCGAGAGGACAUGGACAUAGGGCCUUCCAUGGUACCUCGAGCGAGAUGCAACAGUGGUGGAAAUCAUUACAGUCCACGUAGAAGUUGUUCCAGAGGUGAUACUCCGGGAAUCGGUAUAAGUUCUAAAUCAUCAUUUCAAUCAAGCCAAACUCAAGGAGACUGUGACUACGAUGAACGAUUCAAUGCUGGGAUGAACGAAGGCUAUAAUGAGAGAUGCCCCCGUCGUCGUAGAUUCAGUGAAAAUUACGAGGACUAUUACGAUGACGACUAUAAGGACGGAAUGAACGAAGGUUACAAGAGUAGAAAUGGCAUGAAUUUCAACAAUGAAAUGCGUGGAACUCAAAGGGAUCCCAACUUUGAAAUGAAUGGAAGGAUGAACAACGAAAUGGAUACUGGGAUGCAAGGAGACCCUAAUGAGGAGAAAAGCAGCAGACAACCUGAAAAUCAAAACGAUACGGAUAGUGUUUGCAACCUAGAUGCCCUCAAUGGCCUCUGUGCCAGCUUAAAUGCUCUUAAUGGAGCCCUUGGUGGUUUGAGUGGCACCCUUGGUAAAGGUAGCUCUAACGUUGGAGCAGGAAUGACAGGCAAUAUGGGAAUGACUGGAGGAAUCAAUGGAAUGACCAUGGGAGUUAAUAUGCAAAAUGGUGGUGGUAUUAUGAACCCAAGAGGGAGAAUGAACUUGGGUGGCCAAAAUGCCAUCAAUGACCCUCUAAUUAGUGGAGCAAAUGCCAACUACGGUGUUCAGGGAGGUUUCAGCGGUCCACAAAGACUAAAUGACAACUUAAGCGGAAGCAUGCUUAGUUUAUUAAAUUCUCAAGGAGGUAAGUGGUUUUGUAAUUCCAACUUUGGUGUCAAUUAUCCCGGUCAACCUAACUGGCCAUUCGGAAAUAAUCGAUCGAAUUCGUUGCCUCCAGGAGGAUAUCGUGGAGGUGUGGGCUCGAACUUGAAUAUACCUGGAAUGAAUGAUUUUGACUAUGAGAUUCAGUACAUUGAACCCGACAUGAAGGAGUACAACCGCAAGGUGAAAGAGGCUAAAGAGAAAGCAGAAAGAAAGAGACAGGAACUAAUCCGUCAGCGUGAUGAAGAAGUUGCCAAAAAACGUGCAGAGUUGGAGAAGAAAAUCGAAGAGGAAUAUGAGAGGAAAAAGGCGGAAGCUGAACGGCAACGAGAGGCUCAGAUUAAAAAGAGGAUGUCUGAGAUUCAAGGCGAACUCAAGAAACAGGAGCAUGAUCUCAUGCAACAAUUUUGCAAAAAUUUAAAAACUGUAAGAGAUGCUGAGGCGGAAAGACGCAGGAAAUAUGAGCUCGCUUUUGCUGAGACCAAUCAAAGAAGUGAAACGCUAAAACAACAAUUAGCAAUGGCACGACAGCAAAUGCAGGAAUUGGAAAUGCUUAAAUUCCAACUUCAUAGGCAAGAGGCUGAAAGGAGACAACAACUGGACAUGUUGUCCAAACAGAUUCAAUUCGCAACGCAAGUUCCAUCCUACCAAAGUGAUACCACUAUGGAGAAGAACUUGUUGGCUGAUUUUAGCCAGAAGAUGCGUGCUCUUAAAACACAGGAGCAGAAACUCAAGGAAUCCGUUGCCAAUGUUCCCAUGCCCCAUGUUGAGAAGCCACAAAUGCCGCAAAUACCCAUUCCCAUUUCAGCAGCACCUCAACCGGAAGUUAUGCAGCCAUAUCUUACAGCACCAACAGCACCAGCAGCACCUAUUCAGCAACAGUACUCACAAGUCAUGCCAUCAUAUCAAACGCCUUGUCUUCCAGCUCCACAGCAAAUGCAAUCCUAUUGUGCACCGGCCAUGCCAAUGAUGCCAAUGCAAAUGAUGGGUUGUUACGCUCCAUACACCCCAUGCUCUGCAUGCUGCAUGCCAAAGAGGACAGAUAUGACUUCUAUGCCUAUUUGUCCUGGACCAAACGUUCGACAAAGUCAAUGCUGUCCUCAGCAAUCAUGUUGUGGCGGAAAUUCUCAAGUUGAUCCUUGUCGACCUUCAGAUCCACCAUGUCAGAACGAGAAAGUAGCUUGCACAGAUUAUAAACCUCCUAAAAGAGAAUGCCCACCCUCAGAGUGCUGCAUGAAAGCACCAAAAGACGAUUGCGUGUCAGAAGAUGAAAUUUAUGAACUAAAAUCAGCAGACUCAACUGAGUGCGAUAAUGACUGUGGAGCGUGUGAGUCUGAGGAAGAAUGCAGCACCGUUGACUGCAGCUGUCCCACCUAUGAGUGUACAGAAGAGAAGUCAUGUGAAGAUCCAGUUCCGGAAUGUGCACCAGCUAGCUCAUGUGAAACAUUGAAAAAUCCAGAUCCCGAAUGCCCUGCAGUUAAUGAAACCAUAAACGCGGUGGACGAAUGCCCGGAUAAUUAUGUUCGCGGAUGCUGUGGUUAG